GUGUCCGUUUGAAGAAGAACUUCAUCUCAUUAUGAUGGUAUCUUAAAUUAAUUAUGUACUAUCUUUAUUGUAUGUAAGGUUCUUUUCUAUGCAAUGAGAUGUUGAUUGUGCUGGUUUUUCAAAUCAAUUAUGUACUACUAUCAUGCAUGAAGUGCAAAAUGUAAAGCAUGGACUCCGAAAAUUAUCGUUUGGGCUAUCUAUUGAUCUACAAUACUGCCACAAAAGGAUUCUAUUGAUCUAAGAUACUGUCACAAUGAAAUACCUUAGUUUCUCUAGGGUGUAUGGUAAGGUGUACCCUGGGGCACCCACCAUACCACUGUGCUUACGCUUAUAAAUAUAAACUUUCUGAUCUUAACCUCACUGCCAGUAGCAGCCCUCUUGUCUGCUCCACAGUGGAUACAGAGAUUUUGAGCCAGUGGUUUCCUCCUCCUCCACCAAAGGAUUCAACUUUUGCUACAAUGGUGGAAACUCAGACUCAGAAGCAGCAGAGCAAGCCCAUCAAUGGCGUCAAUGGGAUCCAUAACCACCACCAUGACGAAGCAGAUUUCGACCCAAGUGUCCCUCCUCCAUUCAAGAUAGCUGAGAUCCGAGCUGCCAUUCCCCAACACUGCUGGGUCAAGGAUCCAUGGAGGUCUCUGAGCUAUGUUUUCAGGGAUUUGUUUGCGAUCUCUGCAAUGGCAGCUGCUGCCAUUUACUUGGAAAGUUGGUAUCUUUGGCCUUUGUACUGGGCUGCUCAGGGAACCAUGUUCUGGGCUGUCUUUGUUCUCGGACAUGAUUGUGGCCAUGGAAGCUUUUCAGACAGUAGAAUUUUGAACAGUGUUGUGGGGCAUAUAUUGCAUUCUGCAAUUCUUGUACCUUAUAAUGGAUGGAGAAUUAGCCACAGAACUCACCAUCAGAACCAUGGACAUGUUGAGAACGAUGAGUCAUGGGUUCCUCUGACUGAGAAGGUUUAUUCGAGUCUCGAUGAAAGUACCCUGAAAUUCAGAUUCAGGGUGCCUUACCCCAUUUUUGCAUAUCCUUUCUAUCUGUGGACUAGAAGUCCAGGAAAGCAAGGUUCUCAUUUCAAUCCGUACAGUGACUUGUUUGCCCCAAAUGAAAGGAGAGAUGUGAUAACAUCAACUACUUGCUGGACUAUGAUGGUUUCCCUGCUUGUUUAUCUGUCAUUUGUCGUAGGCCCUGUCGAAAUCCUCAAGCUUUAUGGUGUCCCUUACUGGAUUUUCGUAAUGUGGUUGGACAUGGUCACAUAUCUGCAUCACCAUGGUUAUGACGAAAAACUUCCUUGGUACCGCGGCAAGGAAUGGAGUUAUCUACGAGGAGGCCUUACAACCGUUGAUCGCGAUUAUGGAAUGUUCAACAACAUCCACCAUGACAUCGGCACCCAUGUUAUCCAUCAUCUCUUCCCUCAAAUCCCACACUACCACCUAAGGGAAGCAAGGCUUGCAGAGCAAUCUCCUAAGACAGAAACUCGUCCCUACACUUGUGCAGCAGUUCGAUGGACGUCUAUCUUGCAGGAUACAACUAUCUAAUCCAAGUUCUUGCACUCGAACUUGGAUUCUUGGCGAAUUGGUUGUGUGGUUCUCAGCGAAAUAUGAAGGAAUGAAUCUGGAAAACUUAAUUAUGGUUUCUGAGUUUUAUUGCCAUAUAUAUAAUGGCAUCAGUUGAACUUCUCCAACCGUUCAUUCUUAUCAAAUUUUUGUAAAAAGAAAACUGAAUGCAACCUUUCACAAAAACUGAUCAUAACUGUCAAAAACUGAAUCCAAAAAAUCAAAAACGUAA